UUAUGAAAGCGGUGCGCGGUGUGGCGCGCGCGCCGCUGUCAGUCGUGUUUGGUUAUCAGAAGCGCGCGCGUGUCGGAGCUGCGCAGCGCGGACGGUUUGAUAUGAGCCUGCUUACCCGUGCCCGCGGCUUGUGUAACCUUGUGAGUGCCUGCAUCACGCCAUGACACAGGAGGACUGCUACACCCAGCUCGACUACGAGCUGCAAUCGUCGUCGGGAAAUGCUUCCGACGAAGACGGUGUUAUCAUCAGAAAGGACAGAUCCAGUGUUAAAGACAUGAUUCUCCGUUUCGAAAGGACCAACUUAAAUCCUUUCGGUGGCUCUAGAGAAUCGUUGGAAAAGUGCAAAUCACCUUUGGGAAGUUUAACAAGUGUAGUUAAUCCUAUUCAAUCCCAUUUUCAACAUUUGUGCCCAGUGACAAAGUCUCAGGACAGAAACUCAAACGUAUCGGUGAAUUCUAUUUUAUCUAAUGCUUCAGAACAUAGUUAUGAAUCCAGUUCAUCAGGUUUUAUCUCUGAUAGAAAACCAGGAGACAUACUUGUGCCCCAUAGACCUGCCCCACCACCUCCGGAUCAAUUUAAAGACGAUGAGGAAGAUGAAGCCCCCUCUCCGGAAAGGAAAUCGCCCGUCGCUGAGGAAAUCACGUUUAAGGAAAGACGGUAUUCCUUUACUACGCCUUCCUCGUCUCCUGUUGUCCAAAGGCGUUCACGACAGCCGCCUGUCAUUAGGAGAAAAUCAACAGCAGGUCAAGGACAUCCCGGGGAAAGGCAUUGGUCAUACGGGGUUAAGCAAAGUGAUUUGGAAAAGUUGCUCAGACUCAAACGAUCGGAUCCAUCUGAUAAUGAGGAAGAAAUAACUAGUCAUCAAAUAGAAGAAUCGUCAGAAAAUGAAAGCUCUGAUAGCAGCGAUUCAAGCGAUAAUUUAAGUAAUGGAAAAGAAUAUGUACUCAACCAAGACGACGGUAGACUGGAAACCUUGUCCAACGAUUAUUCUACGGAUACUUUGAUAAAUGAAGAAAACAGUGAUGAACAAAGUGAAAGAGGUGACGAUGCCUCGGUUUCUUCGGGUGACUAUGGUGAUCGUGUGAAUUAUGACAAUGUUAGUAUUAAAUCGAUUUCAUCUUUCGACAUGGUUCCAUACCAGAAGUAUGAUAGUAUUACUGUGUCUUCGGACGAGUUCGGCUCUGAGGUGUGCCACGCACCAGACUCAGAGUUUCUUACUGUGAGUGCAGUGAACGAAUGGUGUAUUUCCAAGUCUACCGAACCGGUAUUGAUGCCGGUGGAAUCGAAAAAGGAGAAAUAUCGCAGACGGCUGACAGAAAGAGUGAAUGAGCUGGUACAUACAGAAAACGUCUACGUGGAAAGGUUAAGGCAUGUCGUCGAAGACUACAUUCCGAACAUGAGGAAACCCGAACUAUCUCCCACCUUCAGAGGACUGGAGCCAGAAAUCUUUGGCAACAUCGAAAGGAUAUUCAGGUUUCACUCUGAAGAGUUCCUGCCGGCUUUAAGAGACUGCGAAAAUGAUCUCAGGAAAUUGGGACAGUGUUUUAGGAGAUUCGAAAAGAGGUUCAAUAUGUACGUAAUGUAUUCUAGGAAUAAUAAGAGAGCGACGAGACUAGUAUUUGAACAUAAACAGUUUUUCCAGGGAAUACAAUUAGAGUUAGGUGAUCGGCUAGAUCUCUCAAGUUACCUCCUCGAACCAGUGCAAAGGAUACCAAGAUACAAGUUGUUCUUGGCGGAUUUAGUGAAAACUUAUACGAAUUAUGAAAAUGAGAGGUGCGAGUCUGACUCGAGGAUAUCCAAAUUGAGCGUGGACAGUGACGAGACUGGCGGCAGCAAUGGCGAGUCGUCAGACAGCGAUGAAACUCCACUGGAAAGUUUGAAGCUCGCGAAAACUAUGGUUGAAUGUGUUCUGACAGCCGUCGAUGAAAUCAUGGCGUUGGAGAAUAUUACGGACUGUCCGGUAUAUUUGAACCUGCUGAACCAGGGCCGGCUGCUCCGACAGAACGAGUUCUACGCGAUGGACACGGCGCGCCGUCGCAGACAGCUAAUGAGGAUAUUCCUCUUCGACAAACUCGUGCUCAUCACUAUUGUGUAUAGAAAGCAACCCAGAGUGGAGUACUUUAUAUACAAGGACGACAUACCGGUGGACGACUUGGGCAUAACGGCCAAGGAGCAUGAUCAGCACAAGUUCACGAUCUGGUACAAGAAGAGGAACUUGAAGUCAUACAAGUUGGAGACGCACGACCCCGCGAUACGGAACGCGUGGGUCGAGGGCAUCACCUCGUUGCUGUGGGAGCAAGCUAUGCAGAAGAAAGAACUUCUUCUGCAGCAGCGAAACAAAAGAAUAUCGAUGGUGUCCAUGAACAGCGAGGAGUCAGCGGAAUCAGAGCGGAAUGAUGAUAAAUGUCUAUUAGAUGGUUUCGUUGUCGUGAAGUUGCACCAAUGAAUUGCUUUGUAGAUAACUCUCUGCGUGGAGUCCCAGGUGAAGUGAAGAGACUAGGGCUGGUAGACAAGAAAGUACGAAGAACAACUUGGUACUGUGAAUGAGUUCCACCUGAUUAUACAACUAUGAUUCACCUGACUUUCCUGCAGAGGCACAGGAAUUACCUCCCGACAGACACGAAGGGAACAGUGUGUGUAUAAAUGUGGAGAUGUAGCUCAAAAAUGUACGAACAAAUUUUAAUGGAGUGAUACAAAUAUUGUCAGAAUUUUUAAGAAAAUAUUAGCAAAGUUCUGAUGGACUGAUACAGAUACCAUUGAAUUCUUGUACUCGAGAUUGUAAAUUAUCACAAUUUAGUAAUUUAUAGAUUAAAACUAAACCAGCUUUUGUAUGAUACGAUAAUAUGCCUAGGUAAAGUAGUUUUAACGCAAAUAACAAAGAAACUAGAACUGUAUUUGUAAUGUUCGAGUAAAUUUUCUUGAAAAUAGUAGUAAAGAAUUCCGCUAAUUUUAAAGAGUACAGGAGUAAAACUUAAUAUUAUAGUGUAGCAGAUAAAUCCAAAGAAAGAUUUUACGGAUAUAGAAAUAAACGUUCUAAAAUUGUUACUUAAGAUUUAUUGAAAACAGCAAACGAGAGCAGAACUCUUGCAGGAUAUAAAUAAGAUAUAGCCAAAGCAAUAGAAAUUUUACGAUAUGUACGAGAAAUGUGAUAAAACGUUAUUCGAAAAUGUAUUAUACUUUAUGUUAUUAUGAUAAUUUCAGUCAUUAUUUUAUGGGACGUAUAUCGUUACAGUGUUAUUUAGUGUUAUCCUUUUUUGUAAAUAAGUAUUAUUGUAUCAAUAAAUAAAUGUACCUAUAUCGUCCAAUGUAAAGUUAAUGUAAAUUUUAAUUUAAUUACACAAAUAUUAAAUAAAAUUAUUAUUUCCAGAA